AUGGCAGAGAGCAGUGGUGUCGAUCCAGCUGCCCCGAACCUUAAUCUCACCCCUGACGAGAAGCGAGUCUACGGCCAACUUUUCCGACAGGCAGACACCGACAAUGUCGGAGUUGUUACAGGAGAGAUUGCCGUCAAGUUCUUCGAGAAGACAAGACUCGAUUCGAGGAUACUGGGCGAGGUCUGGCAAAUUGCAGAUCAGGAGAACCGGGGCUUUCUUACCCCCGCCGGUUUUGGUGUCGCCCUCCGCCUGAUCGGCCACGCCCAGGCUGGUCGCGAACCGACAGCGCAGGUUGCCUUGCAGCCUGGCCCCAUCCCUCGUUUCGAUGGCUUCACGCCCGCCCCGCCUCCGUUGGCACCGGCUCCUACCGGCUCUCCGCAGCCCAUCUCUGCCCAAGGAACCGGCAACGCCCCCAUUCGCAUCCCGCCGCUCAUGCCGGACAAGGUCGCGCAAUAUGCAGGACUAUUCGAGCGCCAGCCCCUGACUGGGAACAUGUUGGGCGGGGAGCAGGCGCGCCAGAUAUUCGAGAAAUCCGGCCUGCCCAACGAGACGCUGGGCCGCAUCUGGCAGCUCGCCGAUACGGAGCAGAGAGGCGCCCUGGUGAUAACCGAGUUUGUCAUUGCUAUGCACUUGUUGACCAGCAUGAAGAGCGGCACUCUGAGGGCCUUACCAAAUAUCCUCCCAGCUGCUCUUUAUGAGGCUGCUACGCGACGAGCACCAGCUGGCGCCGCCCGACCACAGAGUCCGUCAGGUCCUGCCCUGUCUGCCAUUCCUCGCCAGCUUAGCGGUCAGGCGCAGAUGCCGAUGCGGACAGGGUCUCCUCUUGGGCCUGGCUUGGGGCGCUCUGCUCUGGCACCGCAGUCCACGGGCGAUACCUGGCUGGUUACGCCAGCAGACAAGCAGCGAUUUGAUCAGAUCUACGAUGGCCUUGACAAACAGAAGAAAGGUUAUAUCACAGGCGAGGAGGCGGUUCCUUUCUUCAGCCAGUCCAACCUCUCUGAAGCUGUUCUCGCAAACAUCUGGGACCUGGCGGACGUCAGAUCCGAGGGCAUUUUAAACCGGGAUGAGUUUGCUGUAGCCAUGUAUCUCAUCCGACAGCAGCGCAGCAAACAGGGAGACCUACCGCAGAGCCUCCCACCGAACCUGAUGCCGCCUAGCCUGCGCGGCCAGGCUCGCCCGUCGACGGCGACAAGUGCAUUUGAUGCACCACCGCCGCAAUCUCCACCCCAGCAGCAGCAACCUCCGCCACCGAAGCCAGCCUCUGCGCUCGACGACUUGUUCGGACUGGACUCGACACCUGCGCCAUCACCAGCUGUCCAGACUCAGUCCACCGGCGCCGCUCCGCCGAGCGACCCAUUCGGUGGAAGCAUAAGCCCAGCUGCGCCGACAUCCCCAGCCAGGAUGUCACCCACGGCGACAGGCAGCUUCAAGCCGUUCAUGCCGUCCUCAUCGUUUGGUCGCGCUCUGACAAGCCAAGGUACCGGCGCUUCUGCCAGUGGAUCUUCGGCGGGGGCUGGGUUCCCUAAGCCUGCAGCAGCGCCUGUGCCUUCCCCAACCACUGAAGACCUGCUUGGCGAUGCCGAGAACGAGACAAGAGGGAACAACAUGAAUGACACUAUGGAGCUUGCCAACCUAUCGAAUCAGAUCGGGACACUUUCCAAGUCUGUGCAGGACGUGCAGGGCCAGCGUAGCUCGACGCAGAAUGAGCUCAACACGACUGCGCAGCAGAAGAAGAACUUUGAGCAGCGCCUGGCGCAGCUUCGCACGCUGUAUGAGAACCAGGCCAAGGAGGUCCGCGACCUGCAGGACAAACUCACCGCUUCUCGGAACGACACCAAGAAGCUCCAGACGGACUGCGCGAUGGUCGAGGCAACAUACAAGGACCUGCAAACCCAGCACCAAACCAUUCUGACCGCCCUCCAGGCCGAUCAACAGGAAAAUGCUAGCCUUAAGGAGAGGAUACGAGCGGUGAAUGCAGAGGUAGCAGCCAUCAAGCCACAAAUCGAGAAGCUCAAGUCCGAGGCCCGACAGCAGAAGGGCAUGGUGGCCAUCAACAAGAAGCAGCUGGCUACUAACGAAGGCGAGCGGGACAAGCUGAAGACAGAGGCUGAAGACCUGACCAAGGAGAAUGAAGAACUCGCACGGCAGCUCAGCCAGAGCCCGCCUCCAGGCGCUGUGCCACAGGUCGCCAGCCCGGCUCCUAGUAAUGCGAGUGGGAACAAUCCUUUCUUCCGGAGGACCGGCAGCACGGACAUCAUGGGGGCGUUUGCUAGCCCUGGCGCGUCUAGCAGCAAGGCCUACAACGACAAGUCCUUUGACGAUGUCUUCGGUCCUUCCAUCCCUGCCUUUAAGCCACAGACCACGGGAGCCUCUGCCGCUAGUACCGGCUCGUUCGCGACGCCGACGUCCACCAGUCCCAAUGUGAGCAGGAACCCAACCUUUGCGAGCGAUGCGACCCCUGUUCCGCCUGAGCCCCGACAAGUUUCGCCUCCUGCUGCUGAAGCUGCGGGUAUUGCACCCACCGAGGACGUGCCUGCUACGGAGACUAACGCCGAGACCAAGUCACCGGAAGGACAAGCUGCUGCUGGUGUUGGUCCUGCUGCCGACGGUGUGGCGACGGGGCCAGGCCCGGAAUCUUUCUUCCAGGAGAGCUCCAAGACUGAACCUGUUGCCGCGUCUGGGGAUCCAUUUUCUGCCCUGGACCAGGCCAAGGCCAAGGAGGACUUUGACAACGCGUUUGCCAGCUUCAAGGCGUCUUCAUCCGCCUCCAAAGGUGCAUCAGGAGGUCCUGCCGAGCCUGCAGGUGCGGCUGCACCGAAGAGCCUGUCCGCUUUUCACGCAGAAUUCCCUCCCAUUUCGGAGCUGGAGAGGGACGAUGAGUCGGACUCGGAAGAUGAAAAGGGCGGAUUCGAUGAUGACUUUGCGCCUGCCAGCCCAAAUGCCAGACCGGCGGCAACUGGCCCCGACUCUCCAUCUCUUAGCAAGGCUGUCGUUGCCGAGGCACCGGUGUCUGGCGCUGAGGAGCCAUCCGAGAAGGCCGAGUCCCACGCCGAUGACAUCUUCGGCAGCGCUCCUCCUCCUGGGAGCUUUCCCGAAGCCGACGAGCCAGUCGCCAGCGCCACGCCAACCGCCACGCACCAUGCGCCACCGUCAAAGCAGUCUAGCUCUGCUUUUGACGAUCUGGACGACGAUUUUGCUGAUCUCGAGGAUGCCAAGGAGGGCUCACAAGACGACGACUUCCAGACCAUCUCGCGGUCUGGCCUGGACGACUUUAACCCGACCUUCGACAGCCCACCGCCCGCUAGUAAAACCGAGUCGAGCGCCCCACCGGGCAGCAGCUCGGGCAACCCGCCACCCUUUGGCACCGAGAGCACAUUCGACUUUGCGAGCAUCGACAACACAGCUUCCCAGGCCUCCACAGCGGCCCCCACUGGAGGAGCGGCCAAGCCAGCUGAGAACCAUGACUGGGAUGCCAUCUUUGCAAGCCUCGAUGAUGCGCCUCCAGCGCAGACGUCAGCAAGCCCGCCGCCGCCGGGCAGCUCCGAAGGUACAGCUCCAGCCCCGACCCCGGUCACUGCGACAGAGGCAGGAAAAGAUAGCCUUCCCAGGCCGGACGGGCCGGGCCGAGCGCUGACUGAGGAUGGGGUUCACGACGACCCGAUACUUAAAAACCUGACGGGAAUGGGUUACAGCCGGUCGGAUGCGCUGAACGCACUGGAGAAAUACGAUUAUAAUCUGGAGAGGGCGGCGAAUUAUCUGGCAAAUCAGUCCUGAGGCAGAGAGACGGAGGUGAACCAGAUUGGAACAGACCCUCUCAACAUACUGUAAUACGAGGUGAGCGAGUUUGGGAAGAGACCCAGCAGUGGUAGAACGCUCAAGGGAAUUUGCCCACGAGAGGGGGCCCCUUUGAGUGCUGUUUUGGACAAUGAGAAGGACAGGUGAAGCCAUGGUGACAUCAUUCAUCUCGUGGACAUAUAAUGAAUGUGUGUUUCCAUACAGAACCUUCGUGUAGAAGGGUUGGCAGAGCAAGCGCCAGAUGCAUAAUGUAUACAACUUGACUC